UCACCAUCAAAACGAGGCUCAAUCUAUUUCACUACCAAAAUGGCGGUUAGGAAGAAAGUUCGAUGAAAGUGGAAGUUCCUGUUAUUUCUAGUGCUAGAGAAUUAUACCUUACUAUGGGGAGCUCUGAAAGAAAGUCAAGAUCGUCUUCCAGGAAAAGAAGUUAUUCAAGCUCAUCAUCUGAUUCUAAAUAUAGAUCAAAGUAUAACAAAUAUAAAGAUCAGAGGAGAUCUUCAGUAAGAUCAAGCAGUAGCUCAUCCAAUUGGUCAAGUUCUCCAUCACCUGAGAGAUCACCACAUAGAGAAUAUUCAAAGAAACACAAAUCUAAACACAAAAAGCACAAAUAUAAGAAGGAAGAAUACAGAAGAUCUUCAUCUUUAUCACCACAUUCAAGAAAGCAGAAGAAAAAGCACAAAUCAAACCACAAGAGAAGUUCAAAAUCAAGUUCAAAGGAAAAAGAUCAUUCAGAGAAAAGAUAUAAAGAUAAAAGAAAGUCAUUUUCUAUAAUUAAAUCUAACACUGAAUCUGAUAAAUAUGAAAAACAAGGAGUUCAUGACCCAAUCAAUGAAACAAAAGUUGAAACAAGGGAGAAACUUUAUAUUAGCAAAGAAAAAAUACAAGAAGAUGAUUCAUUAAAAUAUAGCAAAAGUAAUGUUGUUAGCAAUCUAAUUAGCACUAAGAAAAUUGAGAUAAAGAUUACAUCAUCUACUGGAAAAGAUUCAAAGCCUCAAAGUGCUUCAGAGAACAAAACAGACUUGUUUGGAAAAUGGGAACCUGUUGAAAGAAAGGGUUUAAAAGAGUUAACAGAGUUAUGUAAAAAGCUAAGUAAAGAAACAGCUGAAGAGGAAAUAGAACCAAGAAAGACUGGGUCAAAGGAAACCUGCCAAAAAGAGCCAUUGGUUUUGCAUCAUCCUUAUAAACUGCCACCACCUCCACCUUUACCAAUUAUAAAUGCUGCUCCUGUGAUACCAAUGAACCCAGCACAAGCCAUCCAAGCUGGAAUGAUUCGGCAGGUCGUUGGUAAUAUCGGAAUGAAUCCGACUCUUCCCAAAGAAAUCCAGGCAGCUUUCCCGGUUUCAUCCGGGCUGCAGCACAGGACCAAAGAAAACGCAUCAGAAGGUUUGCCAAAUGCCCCUGUUUUCGAAAGACCAAAUAAGCCUGUCAACAUAAGCUCCGUUAUUGCGAACCGACUACAAGCCCAGAACGCAAUCAAUGCAAACCCUUUUGAUAUCGAAGCAAUUGCCAAACUCAAAGAGUGCGAUGAAAUGAUCAAGCAAUGGAGCACAUCUAAUGUACAACCGGAACAAUUCACGGGUGAAAAAACCAAAAAUAUUCUUUCAAAAGACGAAUUAGGAGGAGGCUACAGUGCAUGGGUGCGAAAGGAUUUCUUCAAUAAUCUCCAACCAAUACGUGAUGGCAUUGGGCUUCGGCUGUUACAGAAGAUGGGAUGGACGUACGGCCAACCAUUGGGAAAAAAUCGAGCAGGUUUCGUCAAUCCGCUCUUUUUUGAGAUACGAACCGAUCGGAGAGGUUUAACAACAGCAGAAGACAAUGUUCAAACCUUAAAAGCCAAACGUAAAGGACCUCCAGUGGUCGACGUUAAAGGCAAGCAUCCGGUUUCUGCGUUAUCAGAGAUCUGCACCAAGCGAAAAUGGCCUAUGCCUGAUUACAAACUCGUCAUGGAUUCAGGACCUUCUCAUAGAAAGAGCUAUUUAUUCAAGGCGAUUGUAAACGGAGAAGAGUUUACAGCUACCUCUCCUAGCCCGAAUAAGAAGAACGCAAAAGCCCAGGCCGCGACUGCAGUGCUGGACAAGCUUGGCUUGCUAUCUUGACAACAGGAGCUUGCUUCUGUUAUUAACAAACCAGCAAUGAGAAAAACAGCGGGUUUGUUGGUGGAUUUCUGCGAUGUUUAAUUGAUUUCUAACUCCUCGAUUAGUAUUUCAAUGUCUCAAAAGAGAACCCUUUGGUUUGAAGUGGAAUUUGCUGCUGAGUUUUAUUUUAAUGUAAUUGGGAAACAUUAAUCGGAAAUCGUUCAGUAGAAUCAAGAUAUUCCUUUUACGCUAGCCGGCGGACAGAACAGUCACUGAAUUCUGUUCAAAUUCUUCGAUCGCUUUGACCUACCUCUUCCCUUUAAUUCUCUUUACCUAUCAUAAAAGAUGGGUUCGCCUGAGCGAUCACUCAUUAGAAAGUAAGGAAUUGCUUUUCCAUCCCAAUAAAAUGCAACAUGUCUUCGUAUCUGUGUAGUUAGUUCGCUCUCCCUCUACGUCAUCGGAUAGCAGCAGAGUGGUCCAUAGACGACGUGCAUUCUAGCCAGUCUAGAUAACUUACCAAGUCCUGAUAAUCUCAUAGCCCUCCAUUCUUUAUCUUAAAAUUUCUAUUUCUCUAGAUAGAAAAAGUAUAUUUUGUUAUUUGGUGCGGAAUUAGCUUGAAUCAUGACAGAACACUUCAAGAGAGAUUCACAAGUUUAUGCAAUGCACAGACUGUAAUGUGUUAAUAGCAUUUCAUAAAAAACACAAUUAGAUAUAUCUAGUAUGUUAUACGAUAUCUUACAUAGUAGCGAUGUCAAACAAGAUCCUGUCUUUUAUUAAAAAAAAACAUUUUUCAAACACAAAUGAUGAGAGUGUUG